UAAACAAUGUAUAUCAUUAUUUCAAUGUGGACUUUCCUUUUCUUGGCGCUGUGUGGAGUCAUCACGAGUGUGUCAGGGAAAUGCGGCCCAGUUGGCUCUACAAAGUGUUUGCAUGCUCGGGGAUACAUAGGAUACCAAUGGGCUACCUGCCUUACUGACGCAUAUAUCCAGACAAAAUCAAACGACCGGCACGCAUGCGAGAACAGUCCCACCACUAGAUACUGUUACUACCAAUGUAUGUGUGAACUCUAUGACGAAUGCGAUGGUCCUUCUGUGAGAGGUCUGUGUUCUUGUGAUCCGUACGAUACCGAUACAAGUCACACACCAGAAUCAUUAGCACCACUUCCUUCGUGGUGCUUCAGUCCUGCUGGGGCGACUUGCUCCUGGUAUGAAGACUGUUUACAGAAGCGUUAUCCGUGUCCAGGGUCGAGUGCAGAAAAUGCUUUCACCCUCGCUAAGAAUUUCUGCGAUCUGUUUAACAAUCAUAAAACUUCACUUGCAACAAACGGUCAAGACUGGAUUGGUGCUGUCAGUAAAUGUCUCCAGUUUGUGCUGGUGCCAAUAUUACGUCCAUGGCAAAGCCUCGUCAUCACGUGCACAUCUAUAAAGAACGUGACAUUUGCCUCACAUUCCAAAUGUUUCUCAGGCUUACAAUUCUGUUCUUUAAGCUUCAGUGACCAAAUGAAGAUUUUUUGGACAAUUAAGGGUGGAUUUACUGAUGCAUUUGUUGACGCCAUGAAAAGUUUCUGGGAAAUUGUGUUUGGAUGCCUCAAACAACAUACAACAAAUGUUUCAAAUGUUGACCUUAUCGACAACAAGUUAGCGCGUGUGGAAGGUAAUUGUGAAGAAACAGGCGUCUAUGGAGAGCACUCCUGA